CUGCGAUUGGUGGGCGGGGUUUUAGAGCAGCGAGAGCCAGGAGAGGAGCUGAAAUUUAGCUGGAACUUGUGAGAUUCAUACGAUUUCAAAGGAUUUGAGUGGCUGAACAGGGCCAUCAGGGGGCGAUGGCUGACAACAGCAACACCAAUGGCAACAGUUGGACCAUUCUUCCUCCAGAUGUUAAGGAGUCUGGUGUAGAGAGCAUGGGUCCGCUGUCUGAAGAGCAGGAAGAACUGCACGCAGAAUCGGUUCUCACACAUUCAUCCGCCCUCUCAGACACACCAGCAGAGCAAACCCACCCUCCUGAUCCUCCACAGGUGACGCCACUAGAGGGCAAUGAAGAUGUAGCUGUUUUACCCAGUACCACUGUGAAAGAGGACGCGCCGUCCCGGAGCCUUGAUCAUGUCGAAAACCUGACUUCUUUAACCCCAGACCCUGCUGAGCGAGGAGCAUCUGGCGAAACCUCCAAAAACCAACCUCUUAUUGAAACCGAAUCCUUCUCUGACUCGUACACGCACAUCAGCCCAUCACCUGUGUACUCUUCAAUUCCUGGAGCCCCAGAAGAUGAUGAGUUGGAGUUUUCCCAAGGGGAAGAGAAGAGUGAGCUGAGGAAAACUCUAAGAGAAGAGUUUAAGCCGGAAGAGAAGGCGAACGAGGGUGACGGACUUAGGAGGAGGAAUGUCUCCGUCCUGCCCCCUUUGUACCAUCGGGGUGAGGAGGAAGAGGAGGAGGGUGAGGAAGAGCAGUUCAGACAUCCGCAGAGAGAUGGAGAUGGGGACAUCGGGUUCACCUUGAACAAGUGCAUUUUUGGAGCCCUCGUUCUUCUAGGCCUCGGCACCAUAUUCUUCUCUGGUGUACUUUUUGAUCUGGAUGACGAGGGGGAUGCUGAUUCCAUGGACCUGAAAUAUCCACAAGAGAAAAAGGAGUGGUUGAAUGCUGAUGCACAAACAGGCACCCCUGGAGGUGUCCAGCCACCAGAUAUACUGGACAAACUAGCCAAGGAGAACCACCAAAUUGCAAGUUUAGAGGACCAGCUUCAGAAACAGGAAGUGGAUAUCAAGGAUGCACAACUGCAAGUGGAAGAAAGCACCAAGGAAAGACUGAGGAGGGAGGAGCUGGAAGCAGAAAACCAGAGGAUGAAAGAAGAGUUGGAUAAACUGCCUGCCUUUCAGAAAGAGUACCAGCAAGAGAGUGAAAGGGUGAAGAAAGAAAACGAGAGAGUAAAUAAGGAGCUGGAAGUGCUUCCAGUGUUGCAGAAAGAGCUGGAGCGUUUACGAGAUCAAGUUACCGAACUCACUCAGGCGAAUGUGCAAGCUGGACCGCCCUCUGCUGGACAUGAAGAGGUACUUGGUGGUAGUCUGGAGAGGAAAGAGAGAAAGGAUAAAAAAGCUUGGGAUAAAGAGAGGAUAGAGAAAGAGCUUAAGGCAGAAAAAAAGGAAUGGAAGAAAGACAAAAACCUAAAGGUAACCGAGCAAGACGGCAAAGGAAAAAGCGUGAAGGAUGGCAAAGAUUGGCAGAAAGAAGACGUCAAGCAAGGGAGGCUCAAGGAAGAAGGGAGAAAUGGGAAAAAAGACCAUAAGAAAGAAGAUACCCAAAGAUGGAAACUUGAUAAUGGGAAAAGAGAGCCUAAGGAAAGAACUGGGAAAAGAGAGUGGAGAGAAGAGAAAAAGUGGGAAAAGGAGAAGCAUGGCGAAUUUGUUGAAGGAAGGGGGGAGAAAAGAGAGAAAGGGAAAGAAGGUAAAGAAUGGAAGCAAAAGAGAGAGCAUAAAGACUUGAAGGAGGAAAAGAAUGGAAAAGGACAAGCAAGCAAGUCGGAUGACAAAGAAUGGAAAGAGCGAAGUGAAAAAAAGGAGUGGAAAGAGCGAAAGGAACGGUGGGAUGAGCGAGAGAAAGGCGAUGACAAGUACAAAAGUGACAAAAGCCAAAAGGAAAAAACGAGGAAAGGGAAGAAAGAUCAUCACGACGAAAAUGGGGAAAGAAGAGAACGGGAGGAGAAGCAUCGAGGUGGGAAAGAGGAAGACAAACCUAAACGUGGAGGCCGAGCAGAGGAAUGGAAGGCGGAGAAAAAAAACAAGGACCGUAAGAACCAUAAGGAGGAAAAAAUGAGCGGAAAAAACAAACACGAGGCAUCGCAUCAUUUAUACAGCGACGGAAAGCGGAGCAAAGACCACGUGCACGUUGACUACUGGGCUAAGCAGAGGGAAAAGAUCCAUCACUUUUACGGGUCAACAGAAGGGUGCGCCGAUGUGACGGCAUGCGCACGCGCAGAGGGGCUCGCUCCUGUUUCUCAACAAGAUUUCGAGGCGUUCGUCUCGGGCUAUUUGACGAAACUUCAAGGAAACCAGGACCAAAUUUCCAGGAAAGAGGAACUCAACAAGCUGAUUGGCGAGUUCUUCACUGACGGAGUCUUCGUCCAUGACCAGAUACCAUUUAGCGAGUUUGUGGAGGACGUGGAGGACAUAUUGGAAGACAUGGCUGAUGAUGAUGAUGACGACGACGACGAUGAUGAUGAUGAUGAUGAGCUAGAGAAUGUGAUGGAUGGAUUUGCAGUAGAGGCAAUGGUAAAAUUUAUGAUUCAGGAGAAGGAGGGGAACGAAGAAAAAAGAGGGGGACGAGGAAAGAAAAGAAUGAAGGGGUAACGGGUUGCAUUAUUAAGAGGCUCUUGAUUAAAGGGGUUACGUGUUGGGGCUUUGCUUUGUAGUUCCACAUUUGCUGCACCCUUCGGUUUAAAACAAGGACAUCAAAGCACUGCAACUGUUCAUGCGUUUCCUGGCUGUAGAUGUAAUCAGAGUGUGUGAGGGAACAUCACGCUUCCUGCAACAUAAUACCCUGUGCAUAACCGAUGACUUUAGAUUUACAAGCAAAUCAGGCAACUGUGCCCCUAAAUGUUAAUAUAACAAGAAUGUGUGUAAAAGGGAGCCACUUCCUAGUUUUGUCUGAGUGGUCCAGUAAUUUCAGGAAAAAAACAAUUCUGUCGACCAUAUUAAAAAAGAAUGAACAUUUGCGUUUUCGUUGCAAUCAAAGGGUUUUCGUUAUUGCUUUACGGUACACUAUAUGGCUAAACAUUUGUGGACACCUUAUUAAAGCACCCAAUAUGUGCUUUUUGAACAUCAUUCCAUCCCAUCCCAUCGCUGCCCCUGCUGGGCCCUCGAGCAAAGACCCCUAACCCACAACCGCUCAGGUGUAUAAAAGAAACGGGAUAAUUGUAAGUCACUCAGGCAAUUAAGUGCAACUGGCAAAUGCUGUAAAAGUAAAUUUCAGAUUUAUUUCCUCUUUGCUGUAAUAAUCUCCACUUUGCUCUUAUAUUAGCCUCCAUCUAUAUAUUAAAUUCCACUAUAUAUUAAAACCUGUCUAUGGGGAUUUGUGUUAAAGAACAGUGAUUUUUGCCCCUCGUGUCCAGGUCUGGGGUGUAGUUUGUGUUUGGGUGUUCAAGUCCCAACACAGCUAAGCUGAAACUGUUGGGCCCUUGAGCGAGGCCCUUAAACCUCUCUGCCUCAGGGACGCUUUAUCAAGGCUGAUCCUGCUCUCUGACCCCAGUUUCCUAACAAGCUUGGAAAUGCAAUGUAUAUGAGACUAAUCUCCUGAUGUUCGGGUUCUUGUUAUGCCUUCAACUUUCUUUUGGGAAAACCCACAUAUGGGUGUGACAGUCAGGUGUCCAUAUUCUUUUGGUCAUAUAGUGUAUAUUCAUCUAUAGGCAGGGUUAGUGUGUAAGAGUAUUCUGUAUGCAGCAUUUUAAGAAAACAGAUUCUUACAAUAUUGGUUGAAUGUAGGGUUUUUUUUUUUUGUUUUGUUUUACUAUAAUUCUAUAAUAUUACGGACCACAUUUACAAUUUUUGGUACCUUUAUUUAUUCUUUUGUUGUUGUUUCUGUGAGAAUAUCUAGUUUGGUGUUUUUAAAGUCUGAGACUUAAGGAAGUAAGGAAUUGGUAUUUUUCCACCCAACCUGGUUGAUAUAAUGUAGGGUAGAAUUGCACUGUCAGCAGUUUUGUUGCUCAUGUUUUCGGGUAUUGCACUUUACAUUCUGGCUUGUUUACACAUGCAAAAAAAGAAUAAUAAUUUUAAAAUGCAUACCAAGUGAGAAUAUUUUUUUUUUCCAUAUGUAUACAUGCAAAACAGACACCAGAAGUCCGUCUUGCAGUUAUUUUCUGAGCAAUACAAAGCUGUAAUAAUGUCUUAUAAUGAUAAUCACUAAGGAAAAGUGAGCAAGUGUGUAGCACAGAGCUGAACACGAAUUUACAUUAAGAGCAUAUAGUGAACCUGUUCAGUAGUGUUUAGGCAAUAAGAAAUACAAUAAUAUAUACAGAGUACUUUGGAUAAUGCUGAGAUGUCUGUGCUUAGCAAUAGAAUCAGGGAAUAGAAUAAUCCAUCUUUAUUGGCAUUCUUUUGUUGUUUGCUGCUGUUUUUUUUUUUUUUUUUUUUUUUUGUUUGCUUUUGGACAAGCAAAACAGCUAUUUUAAAAUGCAGCGUGCUACACUUUUUCAGUUCCGCUUACUCUGUGGUCCAGCUAAAAGCGUUUGUGUGAAAGGUUACACUUUGUGCAUUUUAUUUUUGUUUUUCACAUUUCACUAAUAAAACCAAAUUCACCCAAA